CAGGUUCCUGGGGAAGAUGCAUGGGAGAUGAAUGUGGGCCUGGAGGGAUUCAGACAAGGGCCGUAUGGUGCGCCCAUAUUGAGGGAUGGACAACCCUCCCUACAAACUGCAAACAGACCGAAAGACCUGAAAACCAGCAGAACUGUUUUAGGGUGUGCGACUGGCACAAAGAACUGUACGACUGGCAGCUGGGCAGCUGGAACCAGUGUGCGCCGGUCACGUCAAGGGUGUCCGAAAAGCCUUCAGAGUGCACAAAGGGCGAGGAAGGAAUCCAGACUCGGGAAGUCGUCUGUUUACAAAAAGCCACCGGGGCGGAGGCCGAUGACAGUAUAUGCGAAUAUUUCGAGCCGAAGCCCAGGCUAGAACAAGGGUGCCUUAUUCCCUGCCCCCAGGACUGCGUGGUGUCUGGGUUCUCCCCCUGGUCAGAAUGUUCCAAGACUUGUGGCAACGGCUUACAACACCGAACGCGCCAUGUGGUGGCCACGGCCCAGUUUGGUGGGUCGGCCUGCCCAAACCUCACCGAGUUCCAAGUUUGCCAGACAUCACCUUGCGAUGGGGAGGAGAAUAUGUACAGCCUCAGUGUGGGACCUUGGAGCUCCUGCUCGAUGCCUCUGUCCAGGCAUGUCCGGCAAGCCGGCAAAAGAGGGAGGAACAGGGAACGGGCAAAGGAGAGAGAAAAGGCGUAAAGGACCCAGAGGAUCGGGAGCUAAUUAAAAAGAAAAGAAAUCGCAACAGGAAAAACCGCCAAGAAAACAGAUAUUGGGAUAUACAAAUUGGCUAUCAAACAAGAAUAGUCACCUGUAUGCACAAGAAUGGAAAAACCGCAGCAUUGAGCUUUUGUCAGCAGGAGAAGCUGCCGAUCACGUUCCAGUCCUGUGUGAUGGACAAAGAAUGUCAGGUGACUGAGUGGUCAGAAUGGAGCUCGUGUACAAAGUCCUGCGAGUCAGUGCCGCCUACUGGACACCGCAUCAGGAAAAGAACCAUUAAACAGUUCCCAAUUGGCAAUGAUAAUGAGAGUCCAGAACUGGAAGAGACGGAGUCAUGCACACCUCCAGCAGAUGGGCCUCAUGCCUGUGUAAAGUAUGCCUGGAGAGCCACAGAAUGGACAGAGUGUCGGGUGGACCCGCUGCUUAGCCAACAGGACAAGAGAAGAGGGAAUCAGACAGCCCUUUGUGGAGGAGGGAUCCAAACCCGGGAGAUCUACUGUGUACAAGCCGAUGAAAGCCUUCUAUCAUACCUCAAUGCCGUGAAGGACAAAGAAGACAGCCAUUCGCACAGCACAUCGAAGUCAAGUGAGGCACCGUUCCUGUCCAUCUCAUUUGAAAUAACAGCAUCAAAACCAGUGGACACCAAGCUCUGCACAGAUCCUUCCCUGAGUACCAGCCAGCUCUGCCAUGUCCCCUGUCCCAUAGAGUGCGAGGUGUCGGCAUGGUCAGCGUGGGGUCCGUGUACGUUUGAAAGCUGUGAUGACCAGCAGAGCAAGAAAGGUUUCAAGCUCAGGAAGCGUUACGUUACAAAUGAGCCCACAGGAGGUACCGGAAGCUGCCCCAACCUAGUAGAGGCCAUUCCUUGUGAGGAGCCAUCCUGCUAUGACUGGAGACUGGAUAGGCUGGAGGAGUGCAUCCCGGACAAUGGAAACAACUGUGGGUCCGGCACACAAGUACCAGUUGUCACCUGUAUCAACAGCGAUGGAGAGGAGGUUGACAGGCAGAUGUGCCGAGAUGCCAUCUACCCCAUCCCCAUUGCUUGUGACGUCCCAUGCCCCAGAGACUGCGUCCUCAGCUCAUGGUCGGAAUGGUCGUCCUGUUCACACACCUGCUCCGGGAAGACCACCGAAGGAAGACAAACAAGAAACCGUGCUAUUCUUGCCUAUCCGGGUGAUGGAGACACCCCCUGCCCCGAGAGUAACGCGUUGCAGGAGAUCCGGAGCUGUAAUGAACACCCUUGUACGGUAUACCACUGGCAGACAGGCCCCUGGGGACAGUGUACAGAGGAUGUUCCGCUUUCGGUUUUUAACACUUCAAGUUGGAAUGGAGAAGCAGCUUGUGCAGUUGGAAUGCAGACAAGAAAAGUCAUUUGUGUUCGGGUCAACGUUGGACAAGUUGGACCUAAAAAAUGCCCCGAGAGCCUUCGUCCAGAGACUAUGAGACCGUGUUUGCUGCCAUGCAGGAAAGACUGCAUUGUUACCCCUUAUAGUGAUUGGACACCGUGCCCCACUUCCUGCCAAGAAGAGAAAGGCGCUGUCAUUGUCAAGAAGCAGACGCGGCACAGGGUCAUUAUCCAGUACCCGUCCUACGGCGGGCGAGACUGCCCUGACACUUUAUAUGAAGAAAAUGAGUGUGAGCCCCCUGCGGCCUGUCACACAUACAGGUGGAAGACACAUAAGUGGCGGAGAUGCCAUCUGGUGCCCUGGUAUGUCAGACAAGACAGCCCUGGAGCGUACGAAACCUGCGGACCGGGACUACAGGCGAGAGCUAUAACCUGCCGCCGACAAGAUGGUGCACAGACAGAAAUCACGGAGUGCCUCAAGCAUGCUGGUCCUCUCCCGGCCUUAACUCAGCCUUGCCAGAUACCGUGCCAGGAUGACUGCCAAUUUACCAGCUGGUCCAAGUUCUCACCGUGUAAUGGAGAUUGUGGCGCGGUUAGGACUAGGAAACGAGCUCUUCUCGGAAAGAGUAAGAAAAAGGACAAGUGUAAGAACCCCCAGCUGUAUCCACUGAUGGAGACCCAGUUCUGCCCCUGUGAUAAGUACAAUGCUCAGCCGGUGGGAAAUUGGUCGGAUUGUAUUCUACCAGAAGGAAAAGUGGAGGUUCUUCUGGGAAUGAAAGUACAAGGAGACAUCAAGGAGUGUGGACAAGGGUACCGCUACCAGGCCAUGGCGUGCUACGAUCAGAACAACAGACUGGUGGAGACCUCCCGGUGUAACAGUCACGGUUACAUAGAAGAAGCGUGCAUUAUUCCAUGUCCCUCCGACUGUAAACUCAGCGAAUGGUCCAACUGGUCCCGAUGCAGCAAGUCCUGUGGGAGUGGGGUCAAAGUCCGGUCCAAGUGGCUACGGGAGAAGCCAUACAAUGGGGGAAGGCCGUGUCCUAAGCUGGAUCAUACUAAUCAGGUACAGGUGUACGAAGUGGUGCCGUGUCACAGCGAUUGCAACCAAUACGUGUGGAUUGCCGAAGCCUGGAGUAUCUGUAAAGUCACCAAUGUUGAUCUGAAGCAGAACUGCGGAGAAGGAGUCCAGACGAAAAAAGUCAGGUGCCUACAGAACACGGUGGAUGGUCCGGCCGAUGUGGUUGAAGACUACCUGUGUGAGCCGGAGGAGAUGCCGCUGGGAGCCAGGAACUGCAGGCUGCCUUGUCCUGAGGACUGCGUCAUGUCAGAGUGGAGUCCAUGGAGCAAAUGUCACCUGCCUUGUGACGGAACUGGCAUACGCGAUCGGUCAGCGAUCCCCAUCAGACAGGCUGAGGAAGGCAAGGCUUGUCAUAUUGCCGCAGAGACCGAGCCGUGUACACUGAAUAAGAACUGUUUCCAUUACGAGUACAAUGUCACAGAUUGGAGCACGUGUCAGCUCAGCGAAAAGGCCGUUUGUGGAAAUGGCAUCAAAACACGAAUGUUGGAUUGUGUGAGGAGCGACGGCAAGUCUGUUGACCUGAAGUUCUGUGAGGAGUUGGGACUGGAGAAGACAUGGCAGAUGAACAUGAACUCCUGCGUGGUCGAAUGUCCUGUAAAUUGCCAGCUCUCUGAUUGGUCCCCUUGGUCAGCAUGCUCGCAAGCCUGUGGACUGGCAGGGAAGAUGAUGCGAAAGAGAACUGUGAUCCAGACUUCUCAGGGAGAUGGGCGCCCUUGUCCUUUUCAGAUGGAGCAGACCAAGCCUUGCCCGGUGAAGCCAUGUUACCGAUGGCAGUAUGGACGCUGGUCCCAGUGUGCUGUGGAGGACGCCAGUGUGGUGAAGGCACCCGGUUCAGGAAUAUGUCCUGUGUGGUUUAUGAUGGCACUACAGAAGACUCAGGAAAAAUGGUGGAUGAGGAGUUUUGUGGAGACAUUGACCUUAUUGUCAAUGGUGAUAAGAACAUUGUACUGGAAGAGUCCUGUAUCGUACCAUGCCCAGGGGACUGCUAUUUGAAUGACUGGUCGGAGUGGAGUUUGUGCCAACUGACCUGUGUCAAUGGUCAGGAUCUUGGAUUUGGUGGAGUUAAGGUGCGCUCAAGGGCAGUAAUUAUUCAAGAACUGGAAAACCAACAUCUCUGCCCGGAACAAAUGUUGGAGUCCAAAUCAUGCCACGACGGACAAUGUUUUGAAUACAAUUGGUUAACGGGUCCAUGGAAAGCAUCUUCCCGGGCAGUUUGGUGCCAGAGAUCGGACAGGCUCAAUGUGACAGGAGGUUGUUUUGAAGUCCUUAAACCGGAAAGCGAAAGGACGUGUACUCCGCCAUGCACGCAGCCACACUCCUACUGCACGGAGACGAGAUCCUGCGGCUGUGAAGACGGUUACACGGAGGUGAUGUCUUCAGAUGGGACCCUCGAUCAGUGCACCCUCAUCCCUGUAGUGAUUAUGCCCACCUCCGAUGACAAGAAAGGGGAUGUAAAAACCAGUCGAGCCAUCAACCCCACCCAGCCAUCGAGCAGUCAGUCCGGCUAUGGUGGGAGGACGUGGUUCCUGCAGCCUUUUGGUUCAGAUGGGAAGCUGAAGACCUGGGUCUACGGGGUAGCGGCAGGGGCCUUCGUGUUGCUCUUAUUUGUGGUUUCAAUGAUCUAUCUGGCCUGUAAGAAGCCAAAGAAACCACCAAGAAGGCAAAACAACCGCCUAAAACCGCUAACCCUGGCUUAUGACGGAGAUGCGGACAUGUAA